AUGGGCCAUUUACUUGCCUUGGCUGCUCAAGGUCUUCAGGCGGCCCCGAGCCGUUACGACGAUGAGCUCGGCCUGCAGUCCCGAGCCUUCCGGCAUACCAAUCUGGCCUCGGGUCCUCAGCCGUUGAAAGCCAACGACGAGCCCGGCCUACAGUCCCGAGCCUUUCGGCAUACCAAUCUGGCCUCGGGUCCUCAGCCGUUGAAAGCCAACGGCGAACCCGGCCUGCAGUCCCGAGCCUUUCGGCAUACCAAUCAGGCCUCGGAUCCUCAGCCGUUGCCCAAGCGACAGAACGGGGCCCCGGCUGCCGGAGAGAACUCGGGCGCUCUAGCCGGGACCGAGAGUCCAGCAGGCAAAGCCCAGGCAGAAGGUGAAGCUCAGAGGACAUGA